GGUUGCAUACCUGGUGCUGGGAUACUGUAGUAUACCUAGCUACUCCGCCCAUAAGUUAUGCAUUGACGUACCACCUAGAGACCCAAGCCCCUGAAGUACUUUUCAAAGGUCUAGUGUUCUAGGUAGGUAGCAUCCAGUAUCCUCAGCCUUUGUAAGUACGAUGUACCUAUACAGGCCGCAGUAGGUAUCUAUAGAGCUGAAUGCCUAUCUCGUGAGGGAGCCAAUUGCACGGGUGAGUAUAAGAAGGUGGCGUUUUCCACGUCGUCGAAACAUAGCUAGAAUCAAGAGAUAUUCUCAAUCCAGUCUUAUAGUUUGAAUUUAACCCUCCCAAUCCUAGGAAUUUGUUAGUAUUUAUCUCAACAUGCAUUUUAACUGUGGCAUGCCGUUCAACCAUUCACACGACUCACCAAACUCUCAGAUAUGGAACCCAGAUUCCGUCCUAGGGCUUACCAAUAAGAAUAUCAACAAUUAUUCUUGUCUUGGUUGGGCAAAAACCCGUGGCCGAAGAUGUGAGAGAUGGAUUGCCCAGCAUAAGACCUCGUAUGGACACAACAUACUCCAUAAACUGGCGUGUGAUAGCCCCUCUAAGGCGGCGGAAUCGCCGAGACUUCAUGAUGCAGCAGAUAUCUUGUUGUGCUGGCAGCAUGCCGGCCAGAUAUCAGAUAUACUGGGGCAGUGGAAGCGAAAGCUCGAGAAGUGUGCCGAUGAUAUUGAGUCUGAGAACAAAUCCCAUGUCAAGGCGGAAGCAUUCGAAGAUGGAUGGUUAAAACAGCUGCAGGAGGAUCUAGCUCGAGGGUACGCUGCGGGGAAAACUGUACCGCCUCGGAAUAUCAAGCGAGAAGAGGAAGAACGCCGAGCUCAAGAGAAGAAGCAAAGGGAGCAGGAAAAGAGAAGACAAGAGGAGAAGGAAAGACAAAGGAAGGAAGAGGAGAGGAAGCGAGAGCAGAAGGCUCGCGAAGAAGCAUCCCGCCAGCGGGCACAGCGUGCAAAGAAGAGAGAGCGAGAAGCUCGAGAGAAGGCGGAAAAGGAAGCAGCAUCAUGGCGCACUGCUUGGGAACGAUAUUGCAACGCAUGGAGUAAACCCGCCGAUGUCUCGGUAACGAACAUUCCAUGGCCUGUUAAAUCAGGGCUGCAGUCAGACGUCAAUGAAGCCAAUGUGAAGUUGUUCUUCGCGAAGGCGCCGCCAGCGGACUCGGUAGACUCAGGUGACAAACGUUUUAAGCUUAUCAGUGAGGAAAAUAUGAGGUGGCACACGGACAAAAUGAUGCAACGGUUUGGCCCAGACGUUGUGAAUGGUGCUGCAAAGGGUCCGUUGGGUAUUAUCGCAAAAGUUGUGAUCGAGUUGAGACAAGAGGCGAGAAGGGGGAGAGGUAGGCAAGGGCGCUGAGAUAUGCCAACAUGAUGGCCUUCCCGAGAUCCUAUUAUUAACCUAGGACAUGUUUAUAUGAGGGCAUACGUAUGUAUUAUUAGUGAUAUUUUGAUACCCUGCCGGAACUGUUUGCUUGAACCGCGGCGCAGGAUUCAGGCUGAUCGGGCGAGUUUGAAGUAGCUUAACAAACCAUUUCCUACUGAUUUCGUAACAUGAGCCUCAAAACUCUAAACACCUAGAGACCUGAAUAUGUAUCAAUCUGUGUUGUUUGCUAGCAUUGCCCGAGCGAUUGCUUGCGAGUUCUUGAGUUUGUAGUUGUUCUAAGCCAUUCAUGUGGGCUGUGUGGGUGCUAAG